AUGGCCUCUCAUCUUUCCCGCUCCACGGGUUCGUCCCUGACGGAUUUGCCUAAAUCGAAUGUCUUUACGUCAAAGCUACCCCCGGACCCGGCUUUCGAGACACCCGAGGUUUCGCACAAAGCUCCUCGGGAAACCUUGGGGCCGCGCAUGGUCAAGGGCGCUCUGUUUACCUAUGUCCGCCCGGAACCAGUGGACAAGCCGGAGCUGCUUGGGGUGAGCCCCAGGGCGAUGGAGGAUUUGGGGUUGAAGCCUGGAGAGGAAGAAACACCGCAAUUCAAGGCGCUGGUUGCCGGCAAUCAAAUCUGGUGGGAUGAGGAAAAGGGGGGGCAUUUACCCGUGGGCUCAGUGCUACGGCGUGGUUCGUGGGCCGGGCAACUUGGAGAUGGACGUGCAAUCAGUCUGUUUGAAUGCACCAAUCCUCAAACAAGUACUCGGUAUGAGCUUCAGCUGAAAGGUGCGGGCAAGACACCGUAUUCGCGUUUUGCAGAUGGCAAAGCUGUCCUUCGAUCCAGUAUUCGCGAGUAUAUUGUUUCCGAAGCUCUUAAUGCCCUGGGUGUACCGACGACUCGUGCACUAUCCCUGACGCUAUUGCCUGACGCAAAGGUGUUGCGAGAGCGCAUCGAACCGGGUGCGAUCGUGGCCCGAUUUGCCGAGUCCUGGCUGCGAAUUGGAACCUUUGAUCUUCCUAGGGUCCGAGGUGAUCGUCAACUCAUCCGAAAGCUCGCUACAUACGUCGCGGAGGACGUCUUUGGUGGAUGGGAAAACCUCCCCGCCGCGGUUUCCGUGGGUGAACAACAGUCGAAUGUCGAUAACCCCCAGAGAAACGUACCCCGGGACGAACUGCAAGGACCCCAAGAGACCGAAGAAAACCGAUUCGCAAGGCUCUAUCGCGAGAUUGCCCGACGCAACGCAAAGACGGUUGCGGCAUGGCAGGCCUAUGGGUUUAUGAACGGUGUGCUGAACACAGAUAACACGUCGCUCUAUGGCCUGUCGCUUGACUAUGGACCCUUUGCUUUCAUGGAUAACUUUGACCCGUCGUACACUCCUAACCACGAUGAUCAUAUGCUACGGUAUUCUUACAAGAAUCAACCCAGUAUUAUCUGGUGGAACCUGGUCCGCCUCGGUGAAUCCCUUGGCGAGUUAAUUGGUGCUGGGAGCCGAGUGGACGAGGAGGCUUUCAUCAAGGACGGCGUCACCGAGGAGAUGGAGGCGGAGGUCAUUAAGCGUGCGGAAUCCGUCAUCGAAAGAACCGGCGAGGAGUUCAGAGCGGUUUUCCUAAAUGAAUACAAGAGAUUGAUGUCUCAGAGACUGGGACUUAAAACACAGAAAGAGUCGGAUUUCCAGGAUCUGUUUUCGGAGAUGCUGGAUACUCUGGAGGCACUGGAGCUGGAUUUCAACCACUUCUUCCGACGCUUGUCGGGGCUGUCUCUAUCCGAGCUGCACUCCGAUGAGAAGCGGAAAGAAGUAGCGUCGAUCUUCUUCCACGCCGAGGGCUUUGGUGGUAUUGGCUACACUGAUGCCUCCGCCCGGGAACGGAUUGCCAAGUGGCUUGAUAGCUGGCAAGCCCGGGUGCUGGAAGAUUGGGGAGCCGGCAACGACGAGGAAAGACGGAAAGCCAUGAAGGCUGUCAACCCGAACUUUGUGCCCCGAGGAUGGAUUCUCGACGAGAUUAUUGAGCGGGUGGAGCGUAAAGGGGACCGGGAGAUUCUGGACCGGGUGAUGCAGAUGAGUCUAAACCCGUUCAACGACGAAUGGGGUCUUCACAAACAGGAAGAGGAGCGGUUCUGCGGUGAUGUCCCUAAGUACAAGCGAGCGAUGAUGUGCAGCUGUAGCUCCUAA